AUGCUUCCGCCGCGAACAGUUCCAGCUUGGACGAUCGCUCCACCAUCGCCCGAAUCCCUUGGAGCGCCGAAGAAGGCAUCGAAGAUUUCCCGGAAACGCACGACGCUCAUCAUUCUUGGAUUAGCUGGUGUUGGAUCGUAUUUCGCAGACGGUUACUUCAACGGUCGUGCGAUUCGCCGGACGCUCCGGACGGCGUGGACUGGAGUCGUCAUCGCUGUUGACUACAAGAUUAAUUUCCAUGAGGGGAACGCUGCGGAAGGUGGUAUCGAUAGGUUGCACGAGAGGGUUGCGAAGAGGAUGUAUGACACGAUUCGAUCGAAUGGAGGUCUAUACAUCAAGAUUGGACAAGCACUUGCGAUGCAGGCGGAUAUCCUCCCACCGGCGUACUCGAGGAUGUUCUCGACCCUUUUCGAUUCCGCACCGGCAAUACCGUGGCGCGAGGUUCAUAAGAUCUUGACAAGGGAACUCGGAAGACCACCAGAGGAGGUGUUUGCGUAUAUUGACCCAAGGGUCGCUGCGUCGGCUUCCAUCGCACAAGUCCAUAGGGCACGACUACAUACCGGCGAAUGGGUCGCUGUCAAGGUUCAGAAACCUGAGAUCGCGAAGCAGGUGGAGUGGGAUCUGUGGUCGUACAAGAUGCUGUUGUAUGUGUACGAGAACUACAUCUUCGACAUUCCCAUUUACUUCACCGCGGAUUUCACUGCGGCGCAGUUACGUUCUGAAACGGACUUUGUCAACGAAGCGAAGAACGCGGAGAAGACCGCUGCCUUCAUCGUGACUGAACCAUCCCUCCAUGGUCGUGUACGCGUACCAGAGGUAUUCUGGGAUUAUACUACUAGCAAAAUCAUGACUGCAACUUGGGAGGAAGGUGUCCGUAUCAACGAAAACGAGAAGAUUAGGCGCAUGGGGAUUAGCCACAAAGAGGUGAUGCAGACAAUGUGUGACCUCUUCGCAGCACAGAUGUUCAAGUUUGGGUUCUUGCACGCCGACCCGCAUCCAGGGAAUAUCCUCGUGAGACGGAAGGCGAAGGGGAGAGGUUCAGAACUUGUGUUGUUGGAUCAUGGACUGUAUAUUUCUGAGCCGGAGAUGUUGAGGGAGGAUUACUGUGAGCUUUGGAAGAGCUUGGUGACGUUUGAUAACGCGACCAUCAGGAAAAUUGCCGUGGGUUGGGGUAUCACGAACCCGGACCUCUUGGCUUCCGCAACACUUCUGAGACCUUACUCUGGUGGUAAACGUGGAUCACUCGGCGGCGGCAAGGACGGAAAGCAAGGAAAGAUUCUGGAUCCAUAUGAAGCUCAGCUUGCUUUGAAGGAGAAGUUGAAGUCGUUCUUGAGCGAUACCUCAAAGAUCCCACAAGAACUCCUCUUCAUCGGUCGCAACAUGCGUAUCGUCCAAGCCAACAACCGUCAACUCGGCUCACCCGUCAACCGCAUCGCAAUCCUUGCUAAUUGGGCGUCCCGAUCCCUCGCUGACCUUCCACGCGGAGCAUCCUUCUCUGCUCGGAUAGGCGCUUGGUGGAAACAUAUCAAGUUCCGGUUUGCCAUCACGGUGAUCAAUGGAACCUUUUACUGGACGAGGUUGAAGCAGAUCGUGACGGGGAGUACGGAUAGUUAUGAGGAUUUGAUUUUGAAGGAGAUGAGGAGUGUUGCGAGAGGUGUGGGGUUGGAUGUUAGUGAUAGAGCAUUUGAGGGAUGA